GUCUGAUCUAGGGCAUUUGAGAUGUUCUAGGGUUUUAAUACGAUAACUCCGCGUCGCCUCGUACUCUCUGUUUGAGCCUCCAUUCACCGAGAGAGAGAGCUUGAAGUCUCGCGAAGAUGGUGCAGCGUCUCACGUACCGCAAACGCCAUAGCUACGCCACCAAGUCGAACCAGCACAGGGUCGUCAAAACCCCUGGUGGAAGGUUGGUGUACCAGAGUACUAAGAAGCGAGCAAGUGGACCUAAAUGCCCCGUCACUGGAAAGAGAAUUCAAGGGAUUCCACACCUGAGACCUGCUGAGUACAAGAGAUCCAGGCUACCGAGGAACAGGAGGACUGUCAACCGUGCCUAUGGUGGUGUAUUAUCUGGUGGUGCUGUCAGGGAGAGGAUCAUCCGAGCCUUUUUGGUGGAAGAACAAAAGAUCGUGAAGAAAGUAUUGAAGAUUCAGAAGGCUAAAGAAAAGCAGGCUGCAAGGAGCUAAAGAGUGAAACAUUUAGAAAACUUAAGUUAAUGUGCUUGAAAGAAAUUUUGACUUUGACGUGUGGUUAUUAUUCGUGCACUAUUUACUAUGAGGUGAUUGUUUUUGAAUUUGAAUGAGCAUUUUCGUUGGUUGACGAUUUCUCAUUUGAAUCUUGAAUUGAAUGACCUGUAUUAUAUUUGCUUAUUUGAAGGUGAAUCUUAGUUUUGUUGUUAGAUCAGCCAAA